UUAUGAUCGACUGUAUACAGCGAAUAUUGGUGAACGCAUUCUGUUUGGUUGUGGCAAUAUUGGUGGUGGCUUUGGCUUGUUUCAGAUGGAGAUAUCAAUACUGGAAGAGAAAAAAUGUUCCUUAUCUCGAACCGUCCAUACCGUUCGGAAGCAUAGGCAACAUAUUGCUGGAGAACAGGGAUGUGAACAUUGCUAAGAUUUACGAAAAAGUGAAGUCUAAAGACUGGAAGUAUUGCGGGUUGUAUAUGUUACUCUCCCCUGUAUUCCUGGUGGUGGAUAUAGACCUGGUGAAACGUAUUCUGGCGUCGGAUUUCCAAUACUUUAACAGCAGAGGCACUUACACCAACGAAGUCGACGACCCAGUAGGUUGCAACUUGUUCUCUCUAUCUGGCAAGAAAUGGAAAAACCUCAGAACCAAACUGACUCCAGCUUUCUCCUCUGGCAAGUUAAAGAGCAUGUUCCAGACCGUAGUAGAUUGCGGACUGGCCCUUGAGGAACACCUUCAGGAAAACUAUUUAGGAUCGGAUCCCCUCGAUGCCAAAAACGUCAUGCAAUGCUUCUCCACCGACGUCAUAGGCUCGUGUGCCUUCGGCAUAGACUGCAACAGUUUCAAGGACCCCAACACCAAGUUCAAGGAGGUCACUAACAAGUUCUUCUUUUCCUCCAAACUGGACGCCGUUCUGUGGCUGUUCGUAGACAACUUCCCCGUGCUGUCCAGAUUGCUCAAAAUUCGAAUGGUCAAGAAAGAAAUCGGAGACUUCUUCAUAGAUCUAGUGGAUAGCACAGUGGCUUAUCGAGAAGCAAACAACUACAUGAGGAAGGACUUCAUGCAACAGCUCAUUGACAUCAGGAAUGGAAAAUAUGGGUCGAUAGACCAAUUCAAUGGACAUUCCGAUGAGGUGCCAAGUUUGACAAUGGACGAAAUCGCAGCACAGACCUUCAUCUUCUUCGUGGCCGGUUCAGAAACCAGCGGCACAACUUUGACCUUCGCCCUUUUCGAGAUGGCUAUGCAUCCAGAGAUUCAGGACCGGCUCCGUGAAGAAAUUCUCACCGUCUUGUCGAAACACGACGGAAAAAUCACGUACGAUUCGCUGAAUGAGAUGAAAUACAUGAGUCAGGUGAUAGAUGAGACUCUCAGACUAUACUCCCCAGCUCAAGCCCUGGAAAGACGAUGCCUCGAAGACUACAAAAUCCCCGGGGAAGAUAUAAUACUGGAGAAAGGAACCAGGGUAAUGUUGUCUGUAAAGGGCAUACACUACGACGAAGAUUACUGGCCAAAUCCCAAACAGUUCGACCCCGACAGGUUCAGCGACGAGAACAGGAAGAACAUGAACCCGUUUACUUUCCUUGCCUUCGGCCAAGGACCCAGGAUUUGCGUUGGGGACAGAUUUGGUAGGAUGCAGGUCAAAGUGGGACUGACAUCGGUUUUAAGGAAGUUCAGGGUGAAACUCAACAAGAGAACGAAAGUGCCAUUGACUAUGUCGGAAAAGUCCCUCAUCGCCUCAGCAGAUGGUGAAAUCUGGUUGAAUUUGGAAAAGUUAUAGUUCUUAUAGAAAUGUUCAAGAUUUAGAUAGUGAUGGAUAUUAUCGCAGUCGCCUAGAUGAUACACUGACAAUAUGUAGUACUUUAAGCUAUAUCUUGUGUGUAUGUUUGGUGUUUGAUUCUUUCUUAGCAGAGUAUAGUGAUUGAGACCCAUGGUAUAGUGGUUUCUUGUAGUUGAGAAAUUUUUGAAUUGUUUUAAGUUAUAGUAACACAAAUAUAUCUGUUUGACAGUA